UGUUCAAUAUGGUUGCCUCCACAGAACUUCGGCAGGAUUAAACCGGAUUUGCGACUAGCGAAUCAUGUAUUUUAGAUUUUGUACAAAGAUGCUUUGAUAGCGAAAGUUUAUUUAUCAAGAAAGAUGCAGAGUUCAAGGUUUCUUAGACAAGCAGAGAAUGCCAAUUAUUUGUUAGAAACUGCAGCAAAGAGGCCUUCAGAACUAAAGAAUAAUCUGCCCAGUUCAAACCCCAAAUGGAAGUCAAUACAUGAAAGACUUGUUGAUAUGUAUAUUGAAGAAUGUGGCAAACAGCCCAGGAUACCUGGCCUGAUGCCAGCUUCCAAAUUACUAGAUAAGCUAGUAUACCGAGAUAAACUGAAUACCCUCAUCAUCAACCUGUAUCCUGGGAAUGACGGCUACUCAUUGAUGCUAAAGGGGAGAAAUGGAACAGAGUCCGAGUCUGUGAAACUGCCAUAUGAGGAGUCAGAGUUGUUAGAAUAUGUUGACAAUGAAGAGCUUCCCCCAAUCUUGGUUGAUCUUCUUGAGAAGUCUCAGGUGAAUAUCUUCUACAGUGGAAGUGUUAUAGCAGAGAUCAGGGAUUAUAGACGCACCACCAGUAAUACAUUUGAUACCAGAUAUGUGCUUUUGAAACCAACUCCUCAAACCCUCUUAUGUGAUAUUAACACCAUAACCAAUGAUGGUCACCGCUGGACACAGGAGGAUAAGUUUAACCUGGAAAGUCAGCUGUUGCUGGCCACACAGGAGCCACUGUGCCUGGACCCCUCCCUCUCUGUCUGCCUUGUGGCUAACAGGCUACAGUAUGAAAAACAUAAGAUGAACACAAGACCUUUAAAAAGAGCAGUAAAAAAGUUUUCCCAAACAGCUGUGAAUAGGAAGAGGAAAUUUGCCCAGUGCCCAGCACCAUCUAGUUUAAAAUUGUAUGACUUUCUUCAUAAAAAGAAGGACAAGUUGCGCAGUAACCCUCCUGUCAAUCUGAAAGUUGGUAAACCAGAAAAAAUCACAGGACCUCACCAUUCUAUGUGUGUUGAUACCUGGAGGCAGAGACCUGUGAAUCUCGCUGCCCCAGAGCAACUUGAGGUGGAAAAAUUAGCAAAGUCCAUAGAGAAGCCAAAAAUAACAUUGGAUAACACACCUGUGACAGUGGAGGAAUAUAUAAUGGAGAUGGAGAGAACCCCGGGCAAGAUUUACUAUGCCCGCCUUGUGGUCCAGCAGCGACUGAGUGAUGACUUUUACUUGGGAGAACUCUAUGUGGAUCGAGACUUUACAGAGGGACAGAACAAUGCUAGCUGCUGCAAGUUUUCUUUGGGAACAAAAGCCAAUGUAGACAAAUACAUCCACCAGUUCACAGAGAUCUUCACAGAAGAAGGACGGAGAGCAGUGAAGAUCACCCACAUCAUCUCAGGUCAAGAACCCAAGGUCACCUUCACCCAGUCAUCAUCACAGUCAUCAGGACAGUCCAGUGUCACCACUACAACACAGGCGUUGUUGACACAGGCAACGUCUCUGGCACAGAACAUCCUUGGGCAGGCUGACCCUAGUCAAUCAACAGAUGGCAGCACUAAACAGCCAAUGAAACUGUCUCUACAGCUCAAUGCCCCAGGAUCCAUAUCAUCAGCUGGGUUGCUGGGUUCUCCCUCUGGAAUGCAGAGUCCAGUAGGUAUAAAUUCUGUUGGUCUCCAGCCUGGCAACCUUCAGCAAACUUCAAACAGCAACCAUAGACCAAAACAUAUGAAUCUCUACUCCAAUAUUUCAAGGUCAAGUAGUACACCCAGUCCAGUGUCUACACCGACGUCUGCUUCAGCCCCCUUGCCUGGUCACCACAUUUCCUCCACCAGGGAGCGCCAUGGGUCAUCAAGAGAGCCCAAUCCCACACCUCCCCCUCCCACAGGACGAGCCCCCACACCUAACUCCACAAGCUCCAGGCGCUCAUCUCUCACGGAUAGUGGGGGCAGUCUCAGUGGACAGAUGACUCUGCAGGCCUUCCAGCAGGGGUCAAAUAUUGCACACUUCAUGCAGGCCACAGGCAACAGCCUCCAGUCGUCAGGUUCUGCUCCUCCCACUCCAGUGGACACGCCCACCACACCAACGCCUCUAGCUGGUCUUGAGGCCCCAGCAAUGAGCAGUUCAGCUCCCACACCCACUGCAUCUGCUCCAAACAUCAACAUUGCCAAUGUGGCUGGCCUUCCACAGAACAUCAGCAUACAGAGCCUAGCCAAUCUACAGGGUAUGGGGCUGACCAAUAUACAGGGACUACAAGGACUGCAGAAUAUGCAGGUAUCUCUGACAGGUGUUUCUAUGCCAGGAGGUGGUAUUGCUGUCCCAGUUCCUAUCACAAUGAUAAGCAGCACCAACCCGUCCACACAGUUACUGAGUACACCAGCUGGCAUAGUGUUUAGCUCUGUGGCUGGUCUGCAGGGCAUCUCCACAGCAGGGAACAAUACAGGAACCUCCUCCACCACAACACAAGCUGGUAAUACUACAUUGGUAACCAUGGUAACAUCUAUGCCCCAGACAACAUCAGCUCCAACCACUGCUACAAGUGGCACUCCAUCCUCUAUAGUUAUGACAACAAAUGUUCUGACCAACACUGCCCAAGUCCUGAACCAGGGUAUGCUGUCUGUUCCUAUAGGCAUGGCUGGGAACCUGGCCCAGUUCAUGACUGCUGCUGGAAUCAAGGGAACAUCUCAACAAAUCAGACCAGGCUCUCAGUUGUCAUUGCUACAGAUUCCAGGGCAGCAACCCAUCCAGAUCCUCGGCACCAACCUUCCUGGUCAGCGGACCCAAGUGCAGCCAUUACAGCAAGGCACUGUGGGAAGGACAAUAUCGGGCAAUGGAUCUCCACUAGCAGCAGGAUCUAGUGGUGUGUUAUCCCCCUCUAACCUCACAUCCACUCCAGCAGUGACUGCUUUGUCACAGUUGACAUCAGCAGUAAGGGGAGGAGGCCAGCCACAGACCAUAACAGCACAACAACUGAUGCAACUAACACCACAACAGCAACAACAGUUACAACAGCAGCAACAACAACAGCAGCAGCAGUUGCAAUUCUUACAGAAACACCAACCCCAACUGCAACAGUUUCAGUUACAGCAGCUAAAACAGCAGCCUGGUAAUCAGGGGCAUCCAUCGCAGCGAACACUCAUGUCAUCCAUGCCCAGUUCGAAGGGAAAGAAAAGGACAACACCAACCCCUCCAAAGUGACGGUCUUAAAGUUUCCGUUUUACUGACACCAAGUCACUCAUUUCCGUCUUUUUCAUGUUUAAAGAAAUUCUCAUAUCCAUGACUUCCAGAAUGACACUUUUAUAGUACAUUUUGAUAGUCACAAAGAAUUGGAAUUGGGCAGCUCCCAUGCCUGCACACACAAUUAAACACACACACACACAGAUAUAUAAAUUAAAAUGUAUUUAGGGAGAUGGUAUCUUCAUAAAAUACCAAUGGGCAGAUAUAUUACUUUUAUUAGAAUAAAAGUGAAAAACAAAAGAUUGUCCAAUCCAGUUUUAUACGAAUGAAACACACUGGUUUUAAUAGAGUCUUUAGUAUUUGUGUAGAAAACUUUGGAACUCUUAGAGCUUUCAUCUCUGUAACUUUGUGGUUGUAAUAGUCAGGACCAAAAUAAUGUUAAGGUGGUCAGUUUCAUGCACAAACAUAUUUUCUUGACUGUUUGUCACUUAAAUAGCGAAUGACAAACAAUGAGUAUUGUAUGGUGCCAGUUCAUGUUCAACACCAUGUGAUUCAAAGUUCAUUUGAUACUAAAUUUCUUUGAUCAGCUUAUAUCUUGAAAAAGGUAGAAAGGUGUUGAUGAUUAAGGUUGUUAUUUUCACCAAACUUGGGCACCCUGGCUGAUGUGCAAAACAUUCAUGACAAAAGAUUAUGUUUGUGGUAUGCAACACCAUGGGAACAACUAUCAGUUCUAUUGCCCAGAAAGGGAGUUACAAUUAGCUGUCUUCUUUAUAGACUUCAGGCAAAAACACUUAGUUGUUGAAAUUAUUCUGAACACUGUUAUUGAAAUUAUUUUGAUAAUAUCAUGAUCUUGAUUGAAAGUCUUUAUUUUAAAUGGAUGAACUGCUUGGCAUCAUCCGUGAUUUUAUUUCUUGGGUUGAACCCAUAAUUGCACAUCUUACCUGUAAUUAUAGAGGUAGAAAAAGCUGCAGUUUUAUAUAUUAGCCUGUCUUUUCAUUUUUAUAUCGCUAAAUACAUUUGGUCAUAGUUGUAAAAAACGAUUUUGUAUAUUACAUUUAAUACCCAUUGGUGGUGAAUGUAGAUGGAGAGAGAAAAACUGGCUGAUAACCUUGUUAUCGCUUCAAAUUGAGAAUAAAGUAUGUUGCAAAUUUAACUUCA